AUGGCGCGCAGACAUGGCUACAACCGUUCCUCUACUUGUUUCAGGCCUUCUAUUUAUGACGACUACGCUCUUUCAGACUACGCCUGCCUGGUCGUCUUCCUCGCAGUCUAUCUGGGCACGCUGAUAACGCUAUGUAUUGUUCGCAGGGGAACUGGAGCUGGAAAACAUCUGAUUGGUUUGCCUUACAUGCUCGCUCUAUCUUUUAAAUUCAUCCAGCAAGCCAUUAACUUCGUAUCUUCCACUCUCCAAGCAUGUGAGGUCACCUACGGAUCGACCGAUGUGUACAGCUGGAUCAUCGCGAUCAAUGUUUUCUAUGGGCUCGAGACUAUCAUGCUCCUUUUCGUUGUCCUCUGGACCUUGAACACCAUGCUCCGGAAGCAGCUCGGCCACAACCCAUCAGCGCUUAGAAUGGGUCUGAUAGCGGUCUUGACCAUUCUCGGUAUCCUGAACGCCGUCUCUGUCAUUUUGUACAGCUACACAAGUUGGCUGAGCAGGGAUUACCGCAACCUUGUUGAUUUCAAUUACACGGCUGUUUACUACGUCGACCUAGCUUUCUGGAGCGUGUACUUGGCCAGUAUACUGGCUUCGGCUACACUCUCCCUGCUGGCUGUACGCUCUCCAAAGACAAAACGUGUAGCCGGAGGUCUUCUCGUGCUCUGGGCCUCGAUCUUGUAUCUCUCGCUGUUCGUGUACAGCCUGAUUCCCGUCAUUCGGUCCUCCGUUCUUUUCAUCCCCCAAGGGCAGAUCAGCCGCGCAGGUUAUCUGGCCAUGUACUGGAUCAGUAGCUUGUUCCACGCUCUUGUGUUCAUCUCCAUCAUCGGCAUUGCGAAGGACGGUACCUGGAGGCCGAAUACGUUCGCCGCAACUGGUGCUCCUGUCGAGCGCGAGCAUGAUGCGUACGACCACCAACAAGACCCUGUAUAUGAUGGCGCAGGUCAGCGUGCAUGA